AUGCGAACGGAUAAAGGUGAGUUCGUAUACGAGCAUGAUGCGUGGGCAGAGGCUCUGCGGCGGUCCCUGCCGGAAAAUGCAGAGGGAGCGUCCUCGUGUGCUGAAGGCAGCGACCUCGCGCGCGGAUCCGUCCCUGCAAAAUCCGCAGGCGUUGGAGGCCUCGAUUCCGCGUCCGCGUCUCUCGCGCAUGCCCGCAAGAAGCGCGGUCGCGAUGAUGAAUUGUUCAGCGAUACAGAUUUCUUGGCGCGUUUGGAUUUGAAGGCAUGCAUGAGUUCGUUGGAUGCGGCGACCGCAAAAUACUGUGGCGGCGGUGAUUGUUUCUUUCUGGCAACAGCGUCCGUGCUGCAAAUCGCUGUGCGCGACAGAGAGAUCUUUGGCACGCGCUUGAGUGACAGAACAUCGGGCCGGGUGGGCUUGGAUGUUGUCUCUCGUAGGGGCUUUGCUGCCAUGCUUCGAAGCGUCGUGGCAGAAGAAGUGCGUAAUUGGCCUGCCACGGAAUUGCUGCAAUUUUUGGUGAAUUGUCUUCAGCGCGAGGCUUCCGGAAGAUGGCAUGACAGGUGGAGCGCCGCAGCGUACUUGGAAGCGUCGCCGUUUGGUUUUCUGCUAGAGUGCAACGAUCUGAUGGAUGUGACAACAAUCGCUUCUGGUGUGGAUGUGCAGUACAAGAGGCUAGACGAGACGGACAUUACGGCGGAGUACGUUCCGGCUGGUGUGCUUGCUCUGUCAAAUUUGCGGGUGUCGAUCGCUCGGCAUUUGGAAUGUAUGGGUGAUGUGCAUUGGGGCGAACAUCUGGAUGUCGAGGUUCUGGAGGAGAGAUUGAACAUAGGCUUUUGUCUGUUUGGUCAACGAGCUUAUGGUCUGGACGGAAAUGUCUUAUACCGGUAUCCACGGACUGUCACAGAGCCAGACAUCUGGAUCAUGCUGCACUACAUUCAAGAUCAGCACUUCCAGGUCAUGUUCUUGGAAAGGAACGACGCUCCCAGGUGCUACUACACAGAUGCAGAGCUACCUGCUGCGUUGCGUGAAGGCCUACGACUUGGGUGA